UGCACUGAACAUAUAGCUUAUGCUGGAGCUCUAGUUGGGAUUACUUUAGAAGUUGAUGAAUCGACCGUUCAUAAACCUGAAUAUGCUAGAAUCCUUCUCGGUUGUAGAGAGGUUGAGAAAAUUCCCCCUUCAGCUGAAGGAAUGCUGGGAGAACAGUAUUAUGAUUUUUUCUAUGAAGUUGAAAAAGUUGUGACUGUGGGUGCUGAGAAAAGUCAGUCCUAUACUGCUGUGGAUAGCAGUGCAUCUCCUUCCUUCCCCAAGAAAGCGAGGAUGGACUCAUAUCCUGCUUCUUCCAUGGGGCAGGGGGAGACGAAUACAUCCGUGACUGGUAAUUUUUCCUCUCAGAACUAUGGUAAGGGUAUGCAGAGGCUUCCGGCAGUGGCUGAGAGUGAAGAAGAAGAUGAGAGUGAGGAAGGUAACAACACAGAGCUUCUGAUUGAGACUAUGGCCAGAGAACAUGCGGCUGAAAAAAUGUCUUAUUGUGGAUCUCAAUCUGAUAAAAAAUCAUGUGAGAAUGUCUCUGAGGAUUUGAAAGUGGAAGAGAUGACUGAAUCUCCCAGUAAUGAGAUCAGUGUGCAUCAAGACUAUGUGGUUUGGCCCUCCCUGCCUCACAUUGUGCCUCUCGAAGAGGGUUUCAUGGAAGGAGGAGAAAACUGCAGUGUCUAUACAGUUGAAUCUCCCUCUGGAUCCCCAAUUCAUGACUGCAUGAGUCAGGGAGAAGAUAUCUCGCGCAGACAGAAGCAGAAGUUGGAGAAGGUGGGAGAUGUGGCCACCAACAGAAUGAAGAAGCGCAAUUUGGAAGGUUUGCUAAAGGAAGAAGAAAGGGCGAAGCUCCAGGCUGGAGUGAAGAGGUUGGCUCACGCGGCUGCUGCGCUGGCGGACAGGUCCCUCCCUCGAGGCAGAUCCCUUUUGGGUGACAGAGAAGGGAUCCAGAUUGGUUAGCAGUGCUCAGCGCUCGGUCCUUUUGCUUGCCGCCUCCCACUGGGGUUUGAUGCCCGCUGGUUUUAUGUCUUCUGGUUACGGUUAGCCUAGUCGCAGAUGUUGUUUAACUUGCCUCAUCCUGGGAUUUCCUCUCCUGUCGUUUUUGGGCUGCGGUUUGUGAGUGUCAUCAGGUUUUCGUCCCAUGGCGGGUGGUCCGUUCCAGGAUCAUCC